CUCCAGGCGCGGAAGCAAGAGAGAAGGACAGAGGGACAGAGGCUCCGAGAGGCAGCGCCGCCCCACGCGCUCGGCGCCGCGAGGAGGUCGGACCUCGGGGCCCCCGCGCUGCCGGCGGCGCCUGGGUUCGCGCUGCAGAGCUGAGGCAGUGUCUGCGCGCCGCACGCCGGGUUUGCCUCUCCCGAGCUUCGGCACCCGCCGGAGCUGCUCGUGCGUCCGCCACCUGUCUCGCCACCAGCUCUGUCCUCGGCCCUGGCCUCUCACGGCAGCAGGUGCUCCAGAGGGCAACGAGGAAAGCCGCGGCCGCGGCCCACCGGGCAGGGCACGCGGGGCGCACGGCUCGGCGCCGGCCCAUGAAGCUUCCCGGCGUGGGGAGCGGCAGCGCCGGCCGGCCAUGGGGGGAAGCCUGCGGGUGGCCGUUCUGGGCGCCCCGGGCGUGGGCAAGACGGCCAUUAUCCGCCAGUUCCUGUUCGGUGACUACCCUGAGCGCCACCGGCCCACCGAAGGGCCGCGCCUCUACCGGCCUGCAGUGCUGCUCGACGGCGCGGUCUACGACCUGAGCAUCCGCGACGGCGACGUCGCUGGCCCUAGCCCAAGCCCGGGGGGUCUUGAGGAGUGGACAGACACUAAGGAUUGGAGCUUGCAGGACACGGACGCCUUUGUGCUGGUCUAUGACAUCUGCAGCCCGGAUAGUUUCGAUUACGUGAAGGCCCUGCGGCAGCGUAUCGCCGAGACCAGGCCGGCGGGCGCGCCCGAAGCGCCCAUCCUCGUGGUAGGAAACAAGCGGGACCGGCAGCGGCUGCGCUUUGGACCGCGACGCGCGCUGGCAGCCCUGGUGCGCAGGGGCUGGCGCUGCGGCUACCUGGAGUGCUCAGCCAAGUACAACUGGCACGUGCUGCGCCUCUUCCGCGAGCUGCUGCGCUGCGCUCUGGUACGUGCGCGCCCUGCACACCCGGCCCUACGUCUGCAGGGGGCGCUGCACCCUGCGCGCUGCACCCUCAUGUGAUUAGAUAAGACGCCGCAGCCGAUGGGUCUUGAUUUUGACUGGAAGAGCCAGGGACCUGGAUUGGAGAGAUCGCUCAACUUCACUUGGACCAGACAGGGCAAAGUCUCCGUCCUGACUGGCUGAGGAAAGUCCCCACCCAAUCUCCCAUGCAGCGGGCCUCCCUUUGAACUUCUUUGUACCCAGCCAGGUACCCAAGCCCCAUUGAACUCAGUCCUUUUAGGGACCUCAUUAGGCGGGCCCACUGGAUGGAAAGGACUUGGCCAUGAAUCUGAUUGACAGCUCUCAGACUGCUCCUGGAGCUUCAUUGGACAUAUUCUUUAUGCCAUACCUCCUGCGAGGUAAUAAAAG